AUGUUGAGAGCCAACGUCAGACAAUUCCUCAGAUUCAACUCCUCCAAGGCCGGCCACUACGACGCCGUCGUCAUCGGUGGUGGUCCCGGUGGUUACGUCCAUGCCAUCAAGUUGGCCCAACUCAACUACAAGGUUGCAUGUAUCGAGUCCCGUGGCUCUUUGGGUGGUACCUGUCUUAACGUCGGAUGUAUCCCAUCCAAGGCUUUGUUGAACAACACCCACUUGUACCAUCAAAUCAAGCACGACUCUGCUCAAAGAGGUAUCGAGAUCGGUGGAGACGUGAACAUCAACGUGUCCAAGUUGCAGGCCGCCAAGGAGAAGGCCGUCGUUGGAUUGACUUCCGGUAUCGAGAUGCUUUUCAAGAAGAACGGUGUCACCUACUUGAAGGGUAAGGGUUCUUUUGUCGAUGACAAGACCCUUAAGGUUGAGGGCCUUGAUGGCUCCGACUACCAGGUCACCGCCGACAACAUCACCAUUGCCACUGGUUCCGAGCCAACCCCAUUCCCAGGUAUUGAAAUCGACGAGGAGAGAAUUGUCUCUUCCACCGGUGCCUUGGCCUUGAAGGAGGUUCCAAAGAAGAUGGCCAUCAUUGGUGGUGGUAUCAUCGGUUUGGAGAUGGCCUCUGUCUGGUCCAGAUUGGGCUCUGAGGUCACUAUUCUCGAGUUCUCCGACGCCAUUGGUGCCGGUAUGGACGCCGAGGUUGCUAAGACCACCCAAAAGUUGUUGGCCAAGCAAGGCUUGAAGUUCAAGUGUGGCACCAAGGUCACCAGCGGUGUCAGAGAGGGUGACAUCGUCAAGGUCGGUCUUGAGGAUGUUAAGUCCGGUAAGACCUCCGACAUCGAGGCUGACGUUUUGUUGGUCGCCAUCGGUAGAAGACCAUACACCAAGGGCUUGAACCACGAGGCUGUUGGUUUGGAGCAAGAUGACAGAGGAAGAUUGGUCAUCGACUCCCAAUUCAGAACCGCCAAGCCUCACAUCAGAGUUAUUGGUGAUGUUACUUUCGGUGCCAUGUUGGCUCACAAGGCCGAGGAGGAGGGUAUCGCUGCCGCCGAGUACAUGAAGCACGGCCACGGUCACGUCAACUACGGUAACAUUCCAUCUGUCAUGUACACCCACCCUGAGGUCGCUUGGGUUGGUGCUUCCGAGCAACAAUUGAAGGCUGACGGUAUCAAGUACAACGUUGGUAAGUUCCCAUUCAUCGCCAACUCCAGAGCUAAGACCAACCUCGACACCGAUGGUUUCGUCAAGUUCCUUGCUGACUCCGAGACCCAAAGAAUCUUGGGUGUCCACAUCAUUGGUCCUAACGCCGGUGAGAUGAUCGCUGAGGGUGUUUUGGCCAUCGAGUAUGGUGCUUCCACCGAGGACGUUGCCAGAACUUGCCACGCUCACCCAACUUUGGCUGAGGCCUUCAAGGAGGCUGCUUUGGCCACUUUCGACAAGCCAAUUAACUUCUAA